ACAGCCUUGCAGCUGGGGCAGGAAGCGAGAGUGGGGAGGGGGAAGGCCACAGCCCGCAGAGUCAAGGCGGGCCCAGGACUUGUGGAGACAGAGGGUAAUACUAAAGCUCGAGCCCUGAGGCCCUGCUGGCCCCUGGGCACCGGCCCAGCCGCGGCCUCCAGGGAUGGCCCUUGUAGAUGCCGACAUCUUUACUAAGGACCCCCGGGAACACUAUGAUCUAUUGCAGCGACUGGGUGGUGGAACCUAUGGAGAAGUCUUCAAGGCUCGUGACAAGGUGUCUAAGGACCUGGUGGCUUUGAAGAUGGUGAAGAUGGAGCCUGAUGACGAUGUGUCCACCCUUCAGAAGGAGAUUCUCAUGUUGAAAACUUGCCGCCAUGCCAACAUCGUGGCUUACCACGGCAGUUACCUCUGGCUGCAGAAGCUCUGGAUCUGCAUGGAAUUCUGUGGGGCUGGUUCUCUCCAGGACAUCUACCAAGUGACUGGCUCUCUCUCCGAGCUCCAGAUCAGCUAUGUGUGCCGGGAAGUGCUCCAGGGUCUGGCCUAUCUGCACUCACAGAAGAAGAUACACCGAGACAUCAAGGGAGCCAACAUCCUCAUCAAUGACUCUGGGGAGGUCAAGCUGGCUGACUUUGGCAUCUCAGCCCAGAUUGGGGCAACCUUGGCCCGACGCCUCUCUUUCAUUGGGACACCAUACUGGAUGGCGCCAGAGGUGGCAGCUGUGGCCCUGAAGGGCGGAUACAAUGAACUGUGUGACAUCUGGUCUCUGGGCAUCACAGCCAUCGAACUGGCUGAGCUUCAGCCACCUCUCUUUGAUGUGCACCCUCUCAGGGUUCUCUUCCUCAUGACAAAGAGUGGCUACCAGCCUCCUCGGCUAAAAGAAAAAGGCAAAUGGUCGUCAGCCUUCCACAACUUUGUCAAAGUCACCCUCACUAAGAACCCCAAGAAACGCCCUGGUGCUGCCAAGAUGCUCAGUCAUCAGCUGGUGUGCCAGCCAGGGUUGAACAGAGGCUUGAUCUUGGAUCUUCUUGACAAAAUGAAGAAUCCCGGGAAGGGGCCGCCUAUUGGUGAGAUUGACGACGAGGAGCCUGAGCCACCCCCUGCCAUCCCUCGGCGGAUCAGAUCUACCCACCGGGCCAGCUCACUGGGGGUCCCAGACACAGACUGCUGUCGGCGGCACAUGGAGUUCCAGAGGCUCAGAGGAGUGGAAGCCAGACCUUCAGCGGACACUGUUUGCUUACAGGCCCCUGGAGACUGCCGGAGCACCAGCCCCAGGAGCCAGCUGUCAGAGUCUGAUGACGACUAUGAUGACGUGGACAUCCCUGCCCCAGCAGAGGAUAUGCCUCCUCCACUGCCCCCGAAGCCCAAGUUCCGGUCUCCAUCUGAUGACGGUUCUGGAGGGGUAGGAGACGACGGACAACUGAGCCCAGGGGUUCUGGUCCGGUGUGCCAGUGGGCCUCCUCCACGGACUCCCCGUCCUGGGCCUCCCCCAGCCACUCGCAACCCCCAUCUUACAGCCCACUCAGAUCCCUCACUAUGGAACCCACCUGCUCCAGAGCCGGGCCAGCCUCCACUCCUACCCCCUAAGAAGGAAAAGAUGAGGAGAAAGAUGGAGAAAGCGAAGCGCCACGAGGGAUGUGCCCUUCUUGUGAAAUUAUUCAACGGCUGCCCCCUCCAGAUCCACAGCACAGCUGCCUGGACACACCCCUCUACUAAAGACCAGCACCUGCUCCUGGGUGCAGAGGAAGGCAUUUUCAUACUGAACCGGAAUGAUCAGGAGGCCACGCUGGAGAUGCUCUUCCCUGGCCGGACAACCUGGGUGUAUUGCAUCAACAACCUCCUCAUGUCUCUCUCAGGGAAGACCCCCCACCUAUAUUCUCAUAGCAUCCUGGGCCUGCUGGAGAGGAAAGAGAUCCGAACAGGAAGCCCCAUCGCUCACAUUAGCCCUCACCGGUUACUGGCAAGAAAGAACAUGGUCUCCACUAAGGUGCAGGAUACCAAAGGCUGCCGGGCCUGCUGUGUGGCUGAGAGCCCUAGCUCCGGGGGCCCGUUCCUGUGUGGGGCACUGGAGACGUCUGUGGUCCUGCUCCAGUGGUACCAGCCGAUGAACAAAUUUCUGCUUGUCCGGGUGCUGUUCCCACUGCCCACGCCGCUGCCAGUGUUCGCGUUGCUGACAGCGCCGGGCUCCGAGCUGCCGGCCGUGUGCAUCGGCGUGAGCCCCGGGCAAGCGGCGAGGUCGGUGCUUUUCCACACCGUGCGCUUUGGUGCCCUGUCCUGCUGGCUGGACGACUCCAGCACGGAGCACAAGGGACCAGUGCAGGUGACCCAAGUUAAUGAAGACAUGGUGAUGGUGUUGAUGGACGGCUCUCUGAAGCUAGUGACCCCAGAGGGGGCCCCAGCUCCCGGGCUUCGCACCCCUGAGAUUCCCAUGACGGAAGCUGUGGAGGCUGUGGCUAUGGUGGGAGACCGGCUCCAGGCCUUCUGGAAGCAUGGAGUUCAGGUGUGGGCUCCAGGCUCGGAACAGCUGCUGCAGGAGCUGAGAGAACCCACCCUCACCUUCCGUCUGCUCGGCUCCCCCAGGCCUGUUGUGGUGGAGACUCGGCCCUCGGAUGACCCCACCGCCCCUAGCAACCUCUACAUCCAGGAAUGACCAUCUGAGAGGGCAUGCCAUGACUAACGGACCUCUGCAGAUUCUAACAGACACACUAGUGGUCACAGCAUGUCCUUAUCUCAUAAUAAACAUGACUGCA